GCUCUCUCUCUGCUUCUCUCUCCCUCUUCCUGUCCCUCUCUCUUCCCCUUCUCUUUCCCCUCGACCGGCCUGAAAACACUUGAGAACUGACGGUCUCGCCAUGGAUCCAAACGAGGCCUGCGGGAGUGAGAAGGAGAAGGAAAAAGAAAAGGAGAAAGUGAUAAAGAGGAGGAACCGACCUGUGUUCCUCAGGUACCUGGAGAGGAGGAGGACAGACACUAUUGUAGCCGAUGAAAUGGCCAAAGGUGACAUCAACCUGGGGACACUGGUCAGGAGGAGUCAGUCUGACAAGACGGAGUACAGCGCUAAACUUAAAGAGAAAAUGACAGCACACGACUUGUCCACCCCGCCCUCGCCAGCUCUGGACCCAGAGGAGGUCCGUUUGAGGAAGAUGAACCGCAGGGAAAAGGUUAUUCAGGAGCUUGUGCAGACUGAAAAGGACUACCUCCUAGACCUGGAGCUGUGCAUCAGAGAGGUUGUCCAGCCUCUACGGAAUGUGCAGGCUGUGGAUGUAGACAGGAUGUUCACCAACAUGGAGACUGUGUGUGAGGUAUCUGCAUCGCUCCUUCACAGACUACACGAGGCCAUGGCUGACCCUGAUCCAGAGGCAGUUGUUAUAGGAGAUGUAUUUAUCCAAGCCAAGGCAGCUUUAGAAGAUGUGUAUAAGAUUUACUGUUACCACCAUGAUGAUGCUAACUCGUCACUCAAAUCCUAUGAGAAAGAAGAAGAAAUAAAGCAGCAUUUCACCACCUGUGUAUUAGCUCUGAAGAAAAUCUAUGACCAAGAAGGGAAACCAAACUUGCUGGACAUGGGUUCACUGAUCAAACCUGUCCAGAGGAUCAUGAAGUACCCACUCCUCCUCAGAGAGCUCUGGCAGGCCACACCCGAGAACCACCCUACAAUCCAGCCACUGCAGGAGGCAUUCACCGCUGCCAAGAUCAUCAAUGUCAACAUCAAUGAGUUCAAGAGGCGCAAGAUAUAGUUAUGAAGUAACAAGCGAGUGGAGGAUGAAGGCUUUCUGAGGGGCAAACUACACAAGUUCAACAUCCAUUCCAUCCGGAAAAAGGGCGACAGGUUUGCUGGGUAUCUCAAGAUCCCAGGAGUUGAACCACAGGUGAGAGAUGAAGUUUUUGAUAGAGAAGAGAAGCUCUUCAGGAGUCUGGAGAAAGCAGUCCGGCAGCUGGAAAAUGUUCAAUGUUACCUGCAACAGAUUCAGGAGAUGGUGCCUUUCGCUGCUCAGAAUGUGCAAGACAUGGAGAAUAUCAUCAAAGAUCCAAACAAAAAUGGCACUAACGGCUCAACACACAACAAUGGAAAUGACCCUUAUAAGCACUGUUUAUACUUCUACUCUUCUUCCAACCGAGAAAUUGGAAAGAUAACACAAAGACGUAUGGAGCGCCUGGUCCUCGCCCCCCUCCUCUCCCUGCAGGGCAUGUUCACAGCCCCACAAAAGCUCAUCCAGACGUAUGACAAACUGCUGGAUUACUGCAGCCGCUUGGAACGCUCCUCUUCUUUCUCAUCCUCUCAUCCCUCUCCUUCACCGGUGUCAGAGGACCCGGCUGGUCCCGCCAGGAGGGACUAUGAAGCUCUUAAUGCCUUGCUGGUGGAGGAGUUGCAGAGGUUCAACAUGGCCGCCCAUACUAUCCUCACUAACUGUGUGUUGUACUUUGUGGCACUACUCAGAGGGCUGAUGGAUAGAAUACUACGUGCCCCAUCUGCACACCAGCUACCAGUUCCUUUGUCAAACAUUGCUGAAGUGCAGAACAGCAUCAUGGAGGAGCUGAACAACCUGGCUUUUGUCAAGGAUAAUGUGCAGAAGCUAAUGGAGCGAAAAGUCAGCUUUGAGAGACAACGUGACAAGGAAACAACGGUGCCAGAGGUGCAGCAUCAAACCGAGGAGCAGCGUGCCCGGCUGCUGGCUGAACACCCACUGAGCCGCAUUUACCAGCUGAAGAGGAAGUGUAAUGGCUGCCAGGAGCAGGACCUCAGCCUGCUGGAGGGGGAGCUGGUGGCCCUGUUGGAGGACACAGACCCACUGGGCAGCAGCAGCCGCUGGCUGGUUCACACAGGAGGUGAACAGGGCUAUGUCUACUCCACAUUCCUGAAGCAGUACAACCCUCUAAGGGACUCCAUGCGGGCGGGCCAGAUGGUCAAAGACCAGCAGCAGCAGCAGCAGCAGCCACAGCCUGUCAUGGUGGAUGAGGACUUUGACGACAUCAGCCUGUUUGUGUCGGGCAGUGGCAGCAGCAGCCUGCGCAGCUUCAACCUCAACACCACCGACAGCAGCUCAACCAACUCGGGCUUACAGGGGGAGUCAGAGAGCCCUGGAGAAGUGGAGGAGUCAGUGGACGGGGAUGUUGAGCAGUUCUACGCCGUUUAUGCAUUUCAAGCACGCUGUGACCAGGAGCUGACCUUACAAGAGUACCAGCAUGUCCGCAUCCUCCAGUUCUCUGACCUGGGAGGCAACAAGGAUUGGUGGUUAGCCGAGGCUAAUGGACAGAAGGGAUACGUCCCGGCCAACUACCUGGGCAGGAUGUCCUAUGCAUAAAUAUCUUAUCAUAGGAGAUUCAGACAAACAAACCAAGAACACUCACAAAAGCACUUUGUGAAAUUUCAAACAUAACCCACUAACUCUGUAAUUGAAGUUAUCCUGACUGCAGCGCAUCACAUUUCUGCUAACUUGCACUAAGGAAUGUUGUCAGUUGUCUCAUACCGAAAGUGUUGUAUCUGCUUUGUCUUCAGACAUUACGGCUAAACCAAUGAGACUCAUUUAUCUGUGAUGAAGAGAAAUACUUGUAGUAAAAAAACAGGGCACUGUGCUGAGCACUUUUGUACUUCAGUGUUGUUCAUGUCGAAAAUGAAGUGAUGUAUUCAUGAAUGUAUGUAAUGUAUUGAAGUUAAUUUUAUACGUGAAGUGAUUUACAGAAGAAGAAAUGUUACAUAUGAAAUAAUUAAUACAUGAAGUAUAAUGUCUUAUUGUAAAUGUGAAAUGAAGAAAUCUGUCAUUUACAUAUAUAUUGUCACAAAUAAACCUUAUCCAAGAU